CGAAGCUUCCCCCACGCCCGACUGCGCUACUGCUACUAUGACAUAGGGCCCCGGUGCUGGCAGUGAAGCUGCUCCGUUGGGGACGUUUCCUGCUCUCUACAGUAAACUUAUCUUCAUUAUCGGAUUCCCUACCUCAGCGUAUUAUUUUCUCUGUGAUACGACACCUACCUCGUUAUUUUUACUGCGGGCCUGACCUUUGUCUCCCGUGGAGACCUAAAGCACUGUCUUUUCACUGUGUGCAGUGAUACUAAAUGUCCAGCAGAUAAGCGCGAGAAAUCCAUCACGGAACUGAUUGUCCUCCACUUGAACCCUUGCAAUCCACACCAUGGCUGAAACCGAUGCAGGCCAGUCCACCCGCAAGCGGAGGAUCGCGGUCAUGACCAGUGGAGGUGACGCCCCCGGCAUGAAUGGAGCUGUACGAGCCGUUGUCCGAAUGGCCAUAUACCGGGGCUGCGAGGCCUAUGCGGUCUACGAAGGUUAUGAGGGUUUGGUGCAGGGAGGAGACUUGAUCAAAGAAAUGAAAUGGGAUGAUGUUCGAGGAUACCUGUCGCGUGGUGGGACACUGAUCGGCACAGCCAGGUGCAUGGCAUUCAUGGAAAGAUGGGGGAGACUGAAAGCAGCCAAAAACAUGAUUCAGCGAGGCAUUGAUGCUCUUGUCAUCUGCGGUGGUGACGGCAGUCUGACUGGUGCAGACAAGUUUCGAUCCGAAUGGCCCGGUUUGAUCAAGGAGCUUGUUGAGACCAAAGAACUGACGGCUGAAGAAGUUGAACCUUUCAAACACCUGAACAUUGUUGGCCUUGUGGGUUCUAUCGACAACGACAUGUCUGGCACCGAUGCUACCAUUGGUUGCUACUCUUCCCUCGAACGAAUCUGUUCCGCUGUGGACGAUGUGUUUGACACCGCCUCAUCCCAUCAGAGAGGGUUUAUAGUCGAAGUCAUGGGCCGGCAUUGUGGCUGGCUGGCCCUCAUGGCGGCGAUAGCAACGGGCGCCGACUUCGUCUUCAUCCCUGAAAAGCCACCGGGUCCUGGCUGGGAGGACGAUAUGUGCAGUAUUAUCACGAAACACCGGUCCCGUGGGAAGAGACGGUCCAUUGUCAUCAUUGCAGAGGGGGCGCACGACGUUGAUCUUAAGAGGAUCACUGCAAAUCAAGUCAAGGACCUGCUCACCACCAGACUCAAGCUAGACACUCGAGUGACCGUUCUUGGGCAUACACAACGAGGAGGUCAAGCAUGCUUUUACGACCGAUGGCUGUCAACCCUUCAAGGCGUGGAGGCUGUGAAUGCAAUCCUCGAUGCUACACCCGAAACCCCAACUCCCGUCAUUACCAUCCGCGAGAACAAAAUCGAAAGAACUAAUCUCAUGGAAGCCGUGGCUAUGACCAAAUCUGUCUCGGAAGCGAUUCGAGCCAAGGAUUUCGACAAGGCCAUGCAAUUGCGGGACGUCGAAUUCAAAGAAUAUUAUAGCAGCUACAUGAUUACCACUUCUACCGAUCGACCAGAACUUCUCUUGCCUCCGGAGAAGAGACUACGGAUUGCCAUUGUCCACGUGGGAGCACCUGCCGGCGGCAUGAACCCAGCGACUCGAGCUGCCGUGGCUUACUGCUUGACCCGAGGCCAUACUCCAAUUGCCAUCCACAAUGGCUUUCCUGGCUUGCAACGUCAUCACGACGAUAAGCCGGUAGGGUCGGUCCGCGAGAUCAGGUGGAUUGACGUAGAUGCUUUGGUGAAUGAGGGUGGAUCGGAAAUUGGUACGAAUCGAGGUCUCCCCAGCGCCGACAUGAAGAAGACUGCCGAGUGUUUCGAGCUGUACAAGUUCGAUGCCCUGUUUCUGAUCGGUGGAUUCGAAGCUUUCACCGCGGCAAGCGAGCUUCGAAAGGCGAGGGCCGAAUACCCGGUGUUUAAGAUCCCCCUGGUCGUCUUGCCAGCGACCGUUUCCAACAACGUUCCCGGAACCGAAUACUCUCUCGGCAGUGAUACAUGCCUCAACACUUUGAUCAACUUUUGCGAUGCCAUCAGGCAGUCAGCUUCAUCAUCACGACGACGGGUGUUCGUCAUUGAAACGCAAGGUGGUCGAUCUGGGUAUCUUGCAACGAUGGCCGGGCUUUCGGUGGGCGCACUGGCCGUGUACAUUCCCGAAGAAGGCAUUAACAUCCACAUGCUGGCACGGGACAUUGAGUUCUUGAGAGAGAAUUUCCGAAACGACCAAGGAGCAUCGCGGGCCGGCAAAAUCAUUCUCCGGAACGAACGCGCCAGCACCACGUACACGACUCAAGUGAUUGCAGACAUGAUCAAGGAAGAAGCUCGCGGACGGUUCGAGUCUCGGGCAGCAGUCCCUGGUCACUAUCAACAAGGGGGCAAACCUUCGCCUAUGGAUCGAAUCAGAGCCCUCCGAAUGGCAAUCAAGUGUAUUCAACAUGUUGAGGAUCGGUAUAUCGGCAAGUCUAAGGCCUAUAUUGCAGAUGACCCGUUGUCUGUUUCGGUCAUCGGUAUUCAAGGCUCCGAGGUCGUCUUCACUCCCAUGGGUGGAGAGACUGGUCUCGAGGCCACCGGGACGGAUUGGGAAGACAGAAGACCCAAGAACGAAUUCUGGAUGUCAAUGAGGGAUACCGUGGAUAUUCUUAGCGGUAGACCCAAGUUGAGUGAUUGUUGUGGCGAGUGUGGCAAACCGCUUUCCGGCGACAGAGUCCGGGCAGUCCUGGGCAAGGACUAGCCGGCUGUUUCUAGUUCCCGGGAGGGAAACGAUGUUUAUGAAGAAGCGUUCAGGGAAGCGUUUUGUGUACCAGGUCGGCUCAAAGCGAGCCGGUGCUCCAAGUUGCUGCUGGUGUUUGCGGUGUUAGCUGAGAAUGGGGACGAUGAAGGAAAAAAGGGGACGGUCUAAUCAGGCGUGCAACCGUACGGGGUUGAGGAAGUGGUAAUGGCGAACAACAUCCAUAGAUCAGAUGAUAAUGAAUCCAACUUAUUGCUGGACAAGAAACGGGUUCUGUGCUUGA